UCCGCGAGGGUGAUGAUGUCCGGUCAGCGCCUUCUCUGCCUCCACUCCUGCUGCCCCAACGACGCGCAGGCGGGUGGAGAGCCGUGCCACGAAUGCGCCAAGGCGGUCAUUCCCUGCGGACCGCUCUGCGGCCUUCAGUGCCGUAUGUGCACCGUGCAAGCCGCCGUCAUGCGUGCCGAGUACGGCAAGCUGCUCAACUCUUUCAGCAUCACCCGCUUUGUCAUCUCUCUGAGCGCUGGCACCACGGUCAACAAGCAGAACGCGCCCCACGCGAUGGACUUUCUCCGCUCCAUGCUCGUUUUGCAGCACGCCGGCGUCCUCCUUUGCCGCUUUGCAGACUUCGACGUGACGUACAAGACGCUUGUCGACAUCGACGAGCACCGCCACGGUGAGGUCGCCGAGAACGACCGCACGUCGCGACUGGACUCGUUGCACGUCAUCGAGAAGUUCGUUGAGCCGAACGACCUCCAGCAGAUUCAGUCGUGCAUCCGCUCAGCGCAUGUCACCUUCUCCGGACAAGUUGCGUCCUACCAGAGCACCGGACAGAAGACGCGCAUGUACCGGGAGGCGAUCAAGGGCGCGCUCGAGAAGCUGUGCUCACUCUACCCAGCGACCUCGGGGUGGAAGUAUCGCGGGCACAGCCAAGACAACGCGUACCUCGUCUACAUCUCUCCCCUCACCGGCCUCUCCUUCGAGUUCGCCUUCAACAUCUGCUGGGACGUGCAAGAACUUCAUCCGGGGGAUGCUCGCCCUUUUCGCGGCACUCACACCAUUUCACUCAGAGAGAAUUACAGGUUGCUGCGCGGCCUAACUCCCGAUCGGGGAGAGAAGAAGAACGGACAGUUCUAUCCCGCCGUUUUCCAGGACCUGCAUCAGUUCAUGCCCCAAAUCGGCGGCGGCGGCGGCGGCUUCGCCCCCUCGUCGAUAGACUGGAAGGCCGUCCGGCACUUCCAGCAGGUGCUGGCAAACCGCAACCAGGCGGUGCGCUAGCCGCGCGAGGGGAUUGGGCAAGAACCGAGAUCUCCCUACGUAGACCGCCCGGUAGCGCGUAGCGGCGGGGGCCGUCGACUCGAGACGGACGAGGGGCUGAGAGUGAGGCGCGAGAGUGUGGCUCGGGAUGACUCUCUCGCAUAGAACUUCGGACAGCAUAAAGAGGUAAGGUUUCGACGUGUGC